CCUCUUCUCAUCAAGCCUCUCCAUCAAAUAAACCGUUCUCACUUGCCAAUCACACCCAACACAUCCCUUUGGAGAGAGAGAGAGAGAGGGAGAGAGAGGAGAGAGAUGGCCACCAUCACUGCAAGCUCUGCAACCUCCAUGGUCUCAUGCAGAGGUCUCUCUCAGAAGAGACCUCUUGGGGUUUCAUCCUCCCCUGUUCUUGGGUUGCCUGCAAUUGCUAUGAAGGGAAGAGUCCAGUGUUCCGCAGAUGGGAAGCCCUCAGAGCCGGAGAAAGCCUCGAGCGUGGGCAUGAGUGCGUCGCUGGUCGCGGCCCUGUGCGCGGCGACCAUGUCAGGCCCGGCCAUGUCUCUGGUGGACGACAGGAUGAGCACCGAAGGGACGGGGCUCCCGUUCGGGUUGAGCAACAACCUGCUCGGAUGGAUCCUGUUGGGUGUGUUUGGGCUCAUCUGGGCUCUCUACAUCAUCUACGCCUCGAGCCUUGAAGAGGAUGAAGAAUCAGGAUUGUCUCUCUGAAUCUUCAAUGAGAGUAUCAUUCAGGGGAAUGUAAAAUCCACAGAGACUGUUCACUCCAAUGUGCCUGUAGCAUGAACUACUCUUUGCUUGUGAAAUCUUAUGUGUAUCUGUAUAAUUAACGGUUCGUCGGCUUUCGUUAA